UAUCCAAAAAUACAUGUCAUCAACUUGUACACUAAUAUAAAUAAACAACAACCCAUAACAUAAACCAUUAAUAAGAACACUAAUUGUAUUCUAUAUCGGGAAACAAAAUUAGUGUAAAAAUAUGUUGUGAACACCCAAAAAGCAGUGAACAAAAAAAAAUCAGAUUCAGAACAGUUUUAUUGAUAUUUCGUAGAGUCCCACUACAAAUCACUAAUUAUUAUAUUGUGAUAUUUUUGGUGUAAAAAGAAAUGGCUGGAGGAGGAUUUGUUGAUGGAGUGCCGGCAGGAAGGGCGGAGAUGUACGAGUAUAGGAUUACUCCUUACUUUAUUUUCGCUUGUAUUGUUGCUGCCAGUGGUGGAUCUCUCUUUGGCUACGAUCUUGGUGUCUCUGGUGGAGUGACUUCAAUGGAUGAUUUUCUAAAGGAAUUCUUCCCAAAGGUAUUCAGAAGGAAACAUGCCCAUUUGCUCGAGACAGAUUACUGUAAGUACGACGAUCAGCUUCUGACUCUCUUCACAUCGUCCCUGUACUACGCAGCUCUUGUGUCUACGUUCGGGGCUUCUGUUGUAACUCGAACCAAGGGCAGACGAGCCAGUAUUCUAGUUGGUGGUGCCAGUUUCUUUGUCGGAGGAAUCAUCAACGCCUUUGCCAAAAACAUCGCCAUGCUCAUUAUUGGCCGAAUUUUCCUUGGUUUUGGCAUUGGAUUUGGCAACCAAGCAGUUCCUCUGUAUCUGUCUGAAAUGGCACCAGCAAAAAUCCGAGGGGCAGUUAACCAACUAUUUCAGCUUACGACAUGUUUGGGGAUUCUGGUAGCGAACUUUAUUAACUACGGGACUGCACACAUUCAUCCCCAUGGAUGGAGAAUUUCAGUCGGUUUGGCGUGCCUUCCUGCAACGCUUAUGUUCGUUGGUGGGCUAUUCCUUCCGGAAACCCCCAACAGUCUGGUCGAGCAAGGAAAGUUAGAUUUAGGAAGGAAAGUUUUGGAGAAAGUUAGAGGAACUUCAAAUGUUGAUGCUGAGUUCGCUGAUCUCGUGGAUGCAAGUGAAGCGGCUAGGGCUAUCAAGCAUCCUUUCCGGAACCUUCUACAAAGGAAAAACCGUCCUCAGCUGAUCAUCGGAGCUAUAGCACUCCCUGCAUUCCAACAACUCACUGGCAUGAACUCCAUUCUUUUCUAUGCUCCUGUUUUCUUCCAGAGUUUGGGUUUUAACACAAACGCAUCUCUAUAUUCAUCGACGAUUACCAAUGGAGCACUUGUGCUUGCCGCACUGAUUUCAAUGGGUUUGGUGGAUAGAUUUGGUAGAAGAGCCUUCUACAUUGAAGCUGGUAUUGAAAUGUUCAUGGAAAUGGUGGCUGUAGGCAUCACUCUAGGCAUCUACUUCGGGGACAGUAAGACAUUACCAAAGAGCGUUGGCUACUUCCUCGUAAUCAUGAUCUGCUUGUUCGUGUUAGCCUACGGAAGGUCAUGGGGCCCAUUAGGGUGGCUUGUCCCGAGUGAGCUGUUCCCACUAGAGACAAGAUCAGCAGGGCAGAGUAUAGUGGUGUGUGUGAACAUGAUCUUUACAGCCUUAAUUGCACAAUGCUUCCUAGUCGCGCUUUGUCACCUAAAAUUCGGUAUCUUCCUGUUGUUCGCGGGACUCAUCAUGGUUAUGACGACCUUUGUAUUCUUCUUCCUACCUGAGACGAAACAGGUUCCGAUUGAAGAAAUCAUUUUCCUGUGGAGAGAUCAUUGGUUUUGGAAAAACUAUAUAACAGAAGAAGAUGUUAAGGCUCAUACUGGUGGUGAUAAGCAGCAAGCAUAGAUUCUAAAAAUACACAUUUCAACCAAAGAAUGUUCAUAAGGAUAUAGGCAUGCUGUCAGUCUUAAUAGCCACAGUUGAUGAUUGUUAACCCAAGUCCCCUCAUACUAUAUCCAUAUUGGAAUGUGAUACCUGAAUUGCAAUACAAAUGAAUACAAAAAGCAUUUGGUAUUUGUUUCAAAUACUUCUUAUUAUUU